AUGGUGGCCGCCGGGGCAGCAGAGGCCGCGCCCCGGCUGAACCCGUCGCCGUCCCCGCACCGCCGCCGAGCUUCCUCUGCGCUCUCCCCGGCAAAGUCCAACUCCAACGCCAACACCGGCGCCGGCGACGCGCGGCCCAAGCCCAAGGCUAAGGUCGUCUCCUCCCGCUACCUCGCGCCCUCCUCCAAGUCCACAUCCACCUCGACCUCCACCACCACGACUUCGAGCUCCAACUCCACCUCGACCUCGGCGUCCACGCCCUCCCGCCGCUUCGCGUCGCCGCUGCCGAGGCGCUCGGUCUCCGUCGACCGCCCGCGCCCAGGCCCGGCUGGCAAUGCUGCCUUCGGGGAGACCGGGGGACCCAAUGCGGGCACCACCACCACCACGAGGAGCCUCUCCGUGGCGUUCCAGGGCCGGUCCUUCUCCUUCGAGACAAGCAAGGCGAAGCCUGCCACGUCCCCGUCUCCGUCGCGGCGACCAGUGGCUUCGUCGGCGGGGUCCAUCACGCCGGAGAGGAGGAGGCCAGCUAUGGGGACAGUGCCGGAGAGGGGAAGGGGUUUGAGGGGGGCCAUGCUCACCACAGGGUCUCAGGAUGCGGGCAUUGGCAUUUCGCACAGAGCACGCCCAUCCCCAAAGGGUAUGAGUGUGCCAGCACGGUUCUUGCAGGAUGCUGCAGUCAGCAGGUCACAAAGAUUCGCAGAUCCUGGCACGCCAUACUUGCCGUAUACCUCUGGGUUGGCCACAUCUCCAAGGACGGCGCCGGUCAAGAAAUCGCUGCAAAAUGGCUUUGUUUCAUCUCCACUGAAUCGGUCAGUCAGGCAAUCUUCACCAAGUAAGCUUACAGGCAAUCCAUCGAGGAGGAUGUCAAGCCCAUCACGGGCGAGAAACUAUGUGGGGUCGGGCACUUCAUCUUGGGAUCAUCAGGGAAGAAGCUCAUCUGGUUAUGCUUUGAAUGGGGAAGCGAGGAGGAGGUGGCAUGGGCGUAGUAAGGUUGACUGUGAGCAUCUAUUGAGAAUUUUAUCCAAUCGACAUUUGCAGUGGCGGUGUGUGAAUGCGCAGGCUGAUGCUGCACUUGCUGCACAAAAAUUGACAGCAGAGAAGUACUUAUCUGAUGCAUGGAUUACUACCCUAGGGAUGCGUAAAUCUGUUGCUCUUAAGAGGUUCCAGCUACAGUUAUACCGAAACAAUUGGAAGCUCAUGACAGUUCUAAAGGGACAGAUGGGGUAUCUAGAAGAAUGGUCUUCAUUAGAGAGGGACUAUGUGGAUUCUCUAUCUGGAACUGUGGAGGCUCUAACUGCCAGCAUUUUGUGCCUUCCUGUUACUGAUGGAGCAAAGGCUGAUAUCCAAGAUGUGAAAAAUGCCGUUGGUUCUGCCGUUGACAUCAUGCAAACAAUAGGAAGUUCAAUAUGUUCAUUAUUGGCUAAGCUGGCUGGAACAAGUAUUUUGGUUUCUGAUCUUUCCAAAGUUGCUACCCAAGAGCGCACUCUAAUGGAGCAGUCCAGAGAAUUGCUGUCCACACUUGCAACAGUGCAUGUCAAAUACUGUAGCCUACAAGGGCAGAGAGUACAGACAACUCACAGGAGCUCCCUGCAUCCCUAG